GAAAAUAAACAUGGACGACACGGACAGAAGCAGGUGCCCGCCGGAUAAUGUUUACAGUUAAAAUGCUAUAUUUUGCUCGUCAAUUGGGCUUAUGUUAUAGGUCACAUACUGGAACACAUUGGUCUAGAACUUCAAAAUGAAGAUGGUCAUAAUGAUGGAAUGCAAUUGUAGAGAAUCACAUUUUCAUCUAGAGUUAAAUUGAGCAAUAACAGUUAUGAUUUAUUUGCAUUUGUCCCGAUAUAUCAUGGAUUUGAGACAUAUGAGAAUGUUAUGUGGCAAUCACAGAUAUUGCCAUAUAUGUUAAAACCUUAAAAAUGAAUAACUAGAACAACUAUAAAUAGCAUCGUGAAAUAUAGGAAGUGAUGGAGAAGGAAGAUAGGAGACUCCCUAUUAUUGAUGAAAAAAGAUUUGCCAUCCUGACAAAAGAAUCAAUAAGACUCAUCGCAGAAGCUGGAGGUCAUGCAGACUUGCCAGAUGAUGUGGCUGCUCUUUUAGGAGAGGAUGUCAGCUACAGACUUCGGGAGGCAGCUCAGAAUGGAGCCCAGUAUAUGAAGCAUGCCAAAAGAAAAAAGAUGACCACAGAUGAUUUUAAUAAAUCACUUAAAGUCAGUGAUAUUCAGCCAGUACAUGGGUACCGAUCUCCAGAAAACUUGCCUUUCCGACAGACCAAAGAUGGAGAACUCUUCUUCAUGGAAGAUUCAGAAACAAAUUUUGCCAAUGUUGCCUUCAGUAAUUAUGUUCCGAAAAAUUCUGGAGAAACCUCCAUUAAAGCUCACUGGCUUGCUGUUGAAGGUGUCUCAAAAGUGUCGUCUGCUCUUCAUCAAAAUCUCAUUAAACCCAUCAUCAAACGUGAGGAUCUGCAGAUGUACUUUGACAACGUGACCAAUGCCAUCCUAGGCUGUGACCCUGACGCCAUGAAGAUUGCUUUACAAGAUCUCAAGACAAAUUCCCAAAUUGUCCCACUUCUUCCCCGUUUUGUCAGUUUUGUUGCCAAUGGGGUGAAAACUGUAAGCCAUGAUAUCUGUCAACUGACAAAACUGCUACACACCAUAAAAGCCCUCAUCAACAACACCUCAUUGUACCUAGAACCUCAGCCUUAUCUGAACAUGGUGGUACAGGGUACAACCUAUUGUUUGCUGGAACCCCUGGCUGCCUCCAUCAAUCCGUCCAAUGAUCACUGGGCCCUGCGUGACUAUGCCGCACGCCUGCUAGCUCAGAUCAUUAUGUCCUGGUCUAGUCCCAUCAACCACCUGCUGUACAACACAGUGAAGAACCUGAGGGAAGUCCUGUGUGACCAUGCCAAACCUUUCUGUUGUCACUACGGUGCUGUCAUGGGGCUCACUGCUCUCGGUUACAAGCCUGUUGAGGAGGUGCUAAUCCCCCACCUCCCAGUCUACUGGCCUCAUCUUAUCUCAGUGCUAGAGGAUACCUCCUACGCCAAUGCUAUUACAAAGGCAGAUGCCCACAAAGUCCACGGUGCCAUGCUGUUGGCCGUGGAAUUUGUCAUUAAGAAGCAUAUCCGAAUGUUUGAGGAGCAAGUAGAGGAGUAUGAAAACAACAAAAUGGAGUUAAAUUUCAAAUCAAAGGAGCAAGUGUCUCCGUCAAAGACUUAUACCAGUGCUGCCCCUCAGCUACAGUCCUCUGUGAGCCAGUUAUACAGAGAUAUGUACGAUUAUUUUGGUGAUAGCCUAGCUAUUAGACUUCCAGACUUGUGCGAAAAAAUUGAUCUCAAAAGAAAAGUAUUUGUGGGUAAGAAACAGGAGAAAAUUGUGUCAUUAACUGACCCAGAAGCUGCAAAAAGUGGAGAUGAACUUCUGGCGGAAUUCAUGGAGCAGGUUAGAAUUCAGGAAAUUCUGGAUAAGGAAAGGCGAGAGAGAGAGAAAAUAGAAAAUGCAAGACUUGAAGUAUUAAGGAAAGAGAGAGAAGAGCAAGAACGUAUACUUAGAGAAAAACAAGCGAGGAUCGACAAAGUGAAACAGGCUGAACAGGACAAACAAGCACAUGAACUUGAGUUGUUACGACAACAUCACAUGCGACGAUCAGCAGAAUUGUUAGAAAUUGAGAAGCAGAGACAUAAAGAUAUGCUAAAUCAAACCAAAAAGGACUUGCGUGUUUUGAAAAAGCCAAGUUACAAGGAGGUCGAUACUGAUGAUGAGGAAGAAAUGAGUGAUGGUGGUAGAAGAAGAAAAGCUGUUAAAAUACCUCAGCUACCUCAAGUCAGUCGUGAAGUAAAAACAGAGGUGGAGGAGGAUGCUAGUUUUGCUGGACCAAGUCAGUCUCACCUGGCUGUGAGCACUGUCAGUGAUACUAGUGAAGGCAUCAAACUCAAGUUUGUUAGACGACCAACGUUAAAAUUACAAAUCAAACCUCUAGCUGUACCCUCGCCUCCAUCGCGAGAUCAAAAAGACUCAAAACAUAGUGGCAAAAAGCGGAAACAGAGUCAAAGAACUAGCACAUCAGCAUCUAAUUUUGAUGCGUAUGAAUUUAUAGAAUCAGAUCCUGAGGACUUUAAGCAACAAUUAUCCUUUAAACCCCACUAUUACUCAUCAGAGGGGGAGAAUUCAGAUGGUGCGGGGCAAAAAAAGCCACUAAAAAUGAAACUGAAAGUAAAAGAUCCACAAGAUUUUACAUCAGAAUGAUGAAGUGUAAGGUGAUUGAUAUUGUAUCCAACAGAAAUAAAGCAUUAUACAAAUUA